AGAGUAUGCUAUUCGUCCAAGUUUUUUUUAUAUCCUUGAUAUCCUUAUCCUUGAUUAACUUCGGCAUCUGUAGAAGAUCCUCAAGUAAGUGCUUAAGGAGGAUCAGCAUGCGGUUGCUUAUCAAGAUACCUGGUCGCCGAACCCCUUCAUCACCACGUUUCGGGUGAUGUUUCAUCUCAAAAUUGUCUACGACUCAUCUCGCUGUCACCGAUCAAUCAAUCAAAACCUUCAAUCCUCACAUCCAAACUCGGCAUUUCACCACGUCGACUCGAUAAUCACUUCCUAACAAUCAAAUCUUCCUGUCGACAUGUCUCCAAACUUCCCCAACCUCCUGUCCCCCGCCUUCCUAACCUUCUCCACCUGUCCUCUAAACCCCACCGUCGAUCCCUCACGCACUGCACCUACCGUUGAAGCAUCACCCGGAACCCCCCGACAAACAUAUCUUUUAGCAACAAUAUCCCAAAACAUGACACUCUCCACAACUCCUACUUUUAUUUGCACAGAUUCGGCUAGCGUGUCAUUUGCACUAACGGUUAUUCUCGAGGCGCCAUUAACGCCUGCGCAAUUGGAGGGGAGUGUGACUGGAAACGGAAAUGGGAGUAGAGGUGGGGAUGAGUUUGAUAUCAAGAAAUUAAAGAAAGGGCAUACGGUUGUGGUGCCGAAUCCGAGGAGACACGGGGUCCGGGAGGGAAAACAGGGAUAUAUCAGGUGCGCGUGGGAUGAUCUUGCUGUGAGUUAUUUUUUUGGUAUUCUAUGCAGAUUCGAUUCAGGGACUGAUGGAGGAGGACAGAUUAUCCCGGCAUCCUUGGAAAGACUACUAGGAAUAAGUAAGAGGUUUCUUGACGCUUCAGAAAACAUCGAAGAAAACAGCCGAGGGAACCGGGUGACAUGUCAAUCGUGUGAGAGAAGAGGCAGUGAAGAGGAACUCUCAAGAUGUAAGGGUUGUAGUGAAGUUUGGUACUGUGGAAAGGUAGGUUCCAAAUCUGAAGAGAGUAGUUUCCAAAGUUUGGAUGAGUUGACCACAAAAUACAGGAAUGCCAGACAGAAGGUUGGAACAGUAAAGGUCACAAGAGCGAGUGUAAGAUUCUGCAAACGGUAGGUGGCAUGGACCUGAGUGUUUAGGUUGUAGGACGAAAAGAGGAUCUAUUGUGCCCAAUCAUUAAGGGAGGUUGUGAGGUUGUGGUAAUGGGUGUGUUUUUAAUGGCAAGAGUAAGGACGAAAGAGUAUAGGGCCAUAAUAAAUGACAAAUGACAUACCGGUAGUCAAUGCAGUAAGGAAGACUUCGUCAAAAAGGUAUCGUGUUCUUCAAACUCUCAAACAUUUUUAUGAUUUACUC